UAGUAGGACGCAGAAGCAGUAACGUUGUUUGUCCAUAGGGGGCGCAGUGAUCACAGCUGAGCACGUUCUAGCGAGGAACCGGAGCUGAGCCUCUGCUGCGUUAAUGACGCGGUGGGUAUAUGAGGCUUCACUCCUCAUCUCUAAGGGGACAAACAACACUGUUCUGAUCUCAGAGAACAGCACGGAGACACAUUUUUACACACACGAACGGGAACAGACUGGUCUGUUUGAACGGGAUAGAAAGACUGACGACACGUAGACUGUCUAUAUGUAAUAAAUUAAUAACCAGUGUCUCCACUGGAGCACUGAAAAGCAGAGGAUCAGUGCAGGCAGGUGAAUGUCCUCACGCAAUAGUCGAGGCAGGCGGAUCGUCGUGUGAAACAUGGUGCCAUCGCAGAUGCUGAUUCUUCUGCCUUUCUACUGAGACUCAGAUCUACACAGUGACUGAUCGGGAGGUGGUGAUAUCACCAUGAAGGAUACAGGAGAAUCGAAGGACCAUCAAUUAACAGUGGCUUUGCGAAUCCGGCCUCUGAGCAAUGUCGAGAUAGAAGAAGGGGCUGCAAUAGUAGCCCACAGAGUGGAUGACCAGAUGGUAGUGCUGAUGGACCCUCUAGAGGAUCCGGACGACAUCCUGCGAGCACAUCGUUCCAGGGAGAAGACUUAUAUGUUUGAUGUGGCCUUUGACUACACAGCCACACAGGAGGAGGUAUACAGGGCCACUACAAAAGGGUUAAUCGAGGGCCUUAUAUCAGGAUACAAUGCCACUGUGUUUGCCUAUGGACCCACAGGUUGUGGGAAGACUUACACUAUGUUGGGGACGGAUAAGGAGCCUGGCAUUUAUGUCCGCACUCUUAACGACCUGUUCAAAGCUAUUGAAGAGACCAGUGAUGACAUGCAAUACAGUGUCUCCAUGUCUUACUUGGAGAUCUAUAAUGAGAUGAUCCGGGACCUGCUGAAUCCAUCCUCUGGCUUUCUGGACUUGAGGGAGGACUCAAAAGGGGAGAUCCAGGUAGCUGGCAUCACAGAGGUCUCCACUGUUAAUGCCCGUGAGAUCAUGGAGUUGUUGAUGAAGGGGAAUAAGCAGCGAACUCAGGAGCCAACGGCGGCUAAUCAGACGUCCUCACGCUCUCAUGCUGUACUCCAGGUUGCCGUGCGGCAGCAGAGUCGGUGCAGAGAUGUCCUGCAGGAGGUCCGCUUUGCUCGGCUGUUUAUGAUCGACCUUGCCGGUUCUGAACGUGCUGCACAGACACAGAACAGGGGACAGAGGCUAAAGGAAGGAGCUCACAUAAACAGGUCUCUUUUGGCACUUGGAAACUGUAUCAAUGCUCUGAGCGAGAAAAAUGGCAACAAAUACAUCAACUACAGAGACAGCAAGCUGACACGACUGCUUAAGGACUCUCUUGGUGGAAACAGUCGGACAGUAAUGAUAGCUCAUAUAAGUCCUGCUUCAUCUGCCUUUGAAGAGUCCCGUAACACUUUGACUUAUGCUGAUCGUGCCAAAAACAUCCGCACACGGGUGAAGAGAAAUUUGCUGAAUGUGUCCUACCACAUUGCCCAGUACACCAGCAUCAUCGCAGACCUGCGCAGUGAGAUACAGAGACUGAAGAAGAAGAUCACUGAACAAUCUGGUCGUCAGAGCAAUGCUGACAGAACAGACAUACGACAUGUGCAGGCAGAGGUCCAGGCUCACUCCACACAGCAGAGCCGUGCUGAGAUAGACCAGCUGAGGGAACAGCUAAUAGAAGCCUUCAGACAGCAAAUGGAGAUCAGAAAACGGCUAAUGGAGCUGGACAACACAAACAUGGAGAUCCAGAUUGACACAUCCAAACACCUGCUAACCAUUGCAGAUUGGGAGCAGGAACGCAGCAGGCACCGCAGAAAGUGGCGAGGUGAACAGAGGAAAGAGAGUUUUAACAAGGACGAGAGUGAGAAGGAUUCAGACACUCCAGAUUCUCCUCCGGAUAGCACUGAGACUCAGGAUGUGGCCAUGGCCAGAGAGAACCUGGUCGUGCUUAUGGCUGAACAGAAAAAAAUACGCAAACAAAAGUCUGGGUUGGAGCGCCUCCUAGUGGAGGUUCGUGAAAGAGCCCGGCGUCUGGAGGAGCUGCUGCCAUGCAGGGUGAGCUCAGAGGAGCAGCGAGAGGUCCUGGGACUCCUUUGUAAGGUGCACGAGUUGGAGAUUGAGAACGCAGAGAUGCAGUCGCACACACUUCUCAAGGACAACGUCAUCCGCCAGAAGGAUGUGGUGGUGCAGCGCUUUGAACAGCACAGGCAACUGUGCCAUGAGAUCAUCCAGCAGCAGCGCCAGUUCAUCGACAAUCACAGUCUGAUGGUGCCUCCACAGCUUCAGGAGCUGUAUGAUAUGUACAUUAGAGAGUUGGAUGAGAGAAAUCUGGAUCGAGUUGUAGCUUUAGACAAGGCCACCAUCCAUACUCUGAAGGAGGGUUCUUUGCCCAAGAUUGCCCUCCCUAGCAGAGGACGUGACCCCUUGCAGGAGCUGGAUUCAGAUCAAGAGAGUGUUCGCACACUGGGGUCAGAAACCAGACAAGGAAGGGUCAAAGUGCGGAGACACACUUUGCCACCCAUUUUACCUGAGCCUGAUAGUGACAGUAACCGUGUGUUUAAGAGCAGCCCACAUGCAAAGCAGAUGAAGAGCUCUGUGGUUAUGACUCCUCCACCAAUUCACAUCAACGGACAGGGCAAUCGAGAGUUGUUGCCGAGUGCUUUAGAUGGAGCUCUGAGCUACAGCCUCUUGAGCCACAGUGUGAGCAGUCAUAUGGACUCCUCACCUGAGAGCAGUGAGAAUGGAACUGAAGCUCCUCUCACUCCUAAAGAGAGACAGCAGCUUCUAAGAGGUGUGCACAGCAUUGCAGCGAAAGCAGCACGGCGUCGUUCCAAAGUUCUGGAGAUCGAUGCCCUACGUGUUCCUCCUCCUUUGACUCUGGAUCCCCCCAAAAAUAAGAGCAUACUGUAUUUAACUGAUGCGCCUCUGAAAAGGCUGGUGCUGCGUCGAGGACGGCAGCCAAGCCCAGAGCUCCGCCACGCCACGUCAGACGACAAUCUGUCGAGCAGUACAGGCGAUGGCCCUGUCCCAAACAGCACCUGGACACGACCCAGGAACCGCCAGGCCAUGCCCAAAAACACUGGCCCACGGGAGCAAGACUUUGAGGCUCGCAGACGUAAAAGAAGAUCUCGCUCCUUUGAGGUCACUGGGCAAGCUGUAACUCAGGGGAAGAGCACCAGCCAACGUUUCCGGCCUCUUGAUAGCACUUCUGACCCACACCUACACAUUAACGGUCAGCCUCCUGCACCCCUCCUGCGCCCUCAGCACAGAGCUCCGGUUCAGCUUGGCAAAGCCCGACUCUCCCACGCCAACCAUCAGACAGGUUCAACAGCUGAUGCUCCCUUGAUCAACCUUCCCUCCCACCUUAGCAACGUUAAGCAUGGCCCCCAAACCAGGCAGCCUCAGCCGCUCCUCUACAUCACGCCCACAGGUGCUGGAGGUCAUCGCACUCGCAAACACUGAGGACCCUUUCAUUUACUCAUCAACACCACUUGGAGAAAGACUAAAUAUGCCCCCAGCACUAACUCAUUUUCAAGAGACUGGAAUCCAAGACAACAUUUCUCUUCAUCUCGUUGCCGUGUUACACAUGACAGAACCAAAUUUACUACAAGUCCAGACUGUUGCCUUGUGCUGUGAUUAGACAGACUGGGUUAAGAGCCUUUCAUAUCUUGGGUGGACUCCUGUGUUCCUUUAUGUAUUUCUGCUGAUGUGCUUGAAGCUUAUCUCUGGCAUGUAGCAUGCAAGUGCUUAUGUCAUGAUUUGCAAAUCCAUUGAAUUAUAUAUCAACGUGCAUUGAUUAUCAUUGAUUCAGAGGAUGCAGUACUAUUAAAAAAAAUUAAACCCAAGAUAUUAUAGAAAUUAAAUGCUUGUUUAAGCUGAGAAAAUUUGACAGAGGG